AGGGAAGGCAGUCAGUGACCCCCCAGUUGCAAGGCAGGCAGCCAGCCCCCAGCCCUGGAUUGCAGAGGAGAGCUGGAGCCUCCUUUCCACCUCCAGCCUGGCACCCUUUUGAUUUUUCCCUGCUUGGGAAUGCGCAGACCUUUGCCACCUGCCCAGCUCCUGCCCCGCCCCUGCCCAGAUCUCAGCCAGGACUUUACUCCCAGCCGCAGAAGCAGUCCGGGCCAAUGUUCCCCUGAAGGGCGAUGCCAAGGCAUGGGCUGGCCAGGGCCGUCCUGGGCCUCCGCCUUCUCCCCAGUGCCAGGCUCUGGACGGAGGCGUUCCUGAGCCCGACCCUCAGCCCUGCUCCCUUCUUGCUUCGCAGGGCCUUUCAGCGCCAGGUGAGCCAGCCAGGGAUGGCGGAGAACGGUCUGGCUCGGCGGGAGAAGGUGCUGACCCUCGAGUCCCUGAACCCCUCGGUCAAGAAGGUGGAGUAUGCCGUGCGGGGACCCAUUGUCACCCGAGCCCUCGAGCUGGAGAAGGAGCUUCAGCAGGGGGUGAAGAAGCCCUUCACGGAGGUGAUCAGAGCCAACAUCGGCGAUGCCCAGGCAAUGGGGCAGAAACCCAUCACCUUCCUCCGCCAGGUCAGCGCCCUCUGCAUGUUCCCGGACCUCUUGAAGGACCCCAACUUUCCCGCGGAUGCAAAGGAGAAGGCCCGGAGGCUGCUGGCGGCGUGUGGGGGGCAGAGCAUUGGUGCCUACAGUGCCAGCCCUGGCAUUGAGCUCAUACGCCAGGAUGUGGCUCACUUCAUUGAGCGCCGGGAUGGCGGAAUCCCCUCCAGGGCGGAAAACAUCUUCCUGUCCACAGGCGCCAGUGAUGCGAUUGUGACGAUCCUGAAGCUGCUGGUCUCAGGAGAGGGGCGCUCCCGUACGGGGGUGAUGAUCCCCAUCCCCCAAUACCCGCUUUACUCCGCCGCUUUGGCCGAACUCAACGCCGUGCAGAUCAACUACUACCUGGACGAGGACAAAUGCUGGGCCCUGGACAUUGGGGAGCUGCGGAGGGCCCUGAAAGAGGCUCGCCAGCACUGCCAGCCCCGUGCCCUCUGCAUCAUCAACCCGGGGAACCCCACUGGGCAGGUCCAGAGUCGCCAGCGCAUCGAAGACGUCAUCCGCUUCGCCUGGGAGGAACAGCUCUUCCUCCUGGCUGAUGAGGUCUACCAGGACAACAUUUACGCCGAGGGAUCCCAGUUCCACUCCUUCAAGAAGGUGCUCUUUGAGAUGGGGCCCAAGUACUCUGGCAGCGUGGAGCUGGCCUCCUUCCACUCCAUCUCCAAGGGCUUCAUGGGCGAGUGCGGCUUCCGAGGUGGUUACAUGGAGGUGAUUAACAUGGACCCCUUAGUGCAGCAGCAGCUGAGCAAGCUCGUCUCUGUGCGCCUCUGCCCGCCAGUGACUGGGCAGGUCCUCUUGGAUGUCGUUGUGAAUCAGCCUCAGCCUGGAGACCCUUCCUACCAACAGUUCAGCCAGGAAAAGCAGGCCGUGCUGAGCUCUCUGGCCCAGAAGGCGCAGCUCACGGAAGAGACCUUCAAUCGAGCGCCCGGGAUCCGCUGCAACCCCGUGCAGGGGGCCAUGUAUGCCUUCCCCCGAAUUCAUCUCCCACCCCAGGCUGUGCAAGAGGCACAGAAUGACCAUCCUGCCGCCUCUGGAGAAGCUGAAGGUUGUCUUGCAGAAGAUAAGCCAGUUCCACGCCAAAUUCACCCAGGAAUAUUCUCAGCUCCAGCUGCUGGGCAGCAGCCAGAAGACCGCAGAGAAGCAGGGGCAUUAGGGUGGGGGCUCUUGCCCAAAUCUCCUCCCUGCCUUCAUGCCACUGCCAGUGGGACUCCCGGCCCAGAAGGCACGGUCUGGAACUGGGAUCAACUCUGCUCUCCAGAGAGCAGCCUCUGCCGCACUUCAGAGCCCCUCUUAAUAGCUCGUUCCCAUAGACAAGGCCUCGGUGUACUGGGAAGGGGAAUGGGCACAACCCUGUCUCGGCUCCCAGGGACCUGGUAAUCCCUUGGCUCACGAUGCCAUCUCUGCCAUGCCUCCUCAGAGAGAAGAGCCUUCACAGCUUCCCAGUCUGGCUUCUCUGCCCUCUAGAUGAACAAGAGGGUGGGUGGCAGAGAAGGGGCGGCAGUGGGGUGUCUCUGGGGUGAGCAGAAUGAGCAGUGGGGCAGGUGUCAAGGCCCCCAAAGUCACCUUCUGCCUGCACUUUGAGCCCUGAUGUAGACCCGAGACAAUUCCCUCUGUGAACGGAGGGGGGUGGGAUAGCUGAGGGUCUAUUAAAGCCCCCAUGAUGAACCAGA